GGCCCAGCCGUCGUCAGGCGAGGUCCGUGCCGCUCGAGCUCCCACCGCGCGGCGUCGACCCGCCCGGCGUUUCCGCGAGUCUGGACGAACAUCGCGGCGCGUUUCUGCAUGUGUGUGCGUGCGAGUGUCCGCGAGUGAUUUCUGCGGAGUUGUCUCUCUCAGUGCCACGGCGACGCCGCCAUGGCGGUCGUGAAGUGUCUACUAGCAGACGACAACGUGCGAUGGUGAUGCGUGUGUGACGAGCAGUGCCUUGUGUGGUGAUCAGUGCGGGAAGAGAAAUAGAAAUUGUGUGAAGUGGCCCGACGGGCAUCGAGUGGAGCUUUGUGCUUAAGUUUGUGAAGUGAGCCUCUUUGGAUUAUGGCUCCUACCAGGACGAUGUCCCGCCACGACGUCGCCGCCGUCAUCCUGCUCAUCAUCGGCGUCUUGGUGACCCUGUCCAGCGUCGGAGCUUCGUCGUCAUUGAAAAACAGCGUCCAGCAGAAUAAUGGUCACGCGCACCACGGCCACCGCGGUUCUUCGUCGAAGCUGCGACACUCGCGUCACCUGCUGGGCAAGCCCAACACCUCGCCCAGCCACGCCACGGCCGAGCUGUACUCUGACCAAGACUUGGGCUUCGGCGGCACGGCGAGCGAGCGGUUCUCCGGCACCCGGCUCACCGUCCACGACAACCACAAGCCCGUGUUCACCAAUUGCUCACGCUACCAGCCGCUCAUCAAGGAGGAGGAGCCCGUGGGCACCUUCGUCCUCACGGUGAAAGCCUACGACAAGGACCCACCCGAAAAUGGAGGCAAAAUCGUCUACACCUUUGUGUCUGCGCCCAACGAAAGGCUGAAGUUCAGCAUAAACGCCGACACAGGUGUCAUCACUACCAGAUAUACAUUUGAUAGAGAUGAACCUACUCGUGAGAAGGAAGUUUAUCUCACUGUGAGGGCAACAGACAAUGGCAAACCGCAGCUGGAUGAUGUGUGUACCAUAAAAGUAACUAUCGAGGACAUCAACGACAACCAGCCUGUUUUUGACAAAGUGAGCUAUGCCGAGUCUGUACCACAAGAUUUGGUUGUUGCUAGAGAGGUGAUGCGUAUUUCUGCCACUGACGUUGAUGAUGGAAACAACAGUAUUGUACUGUAUGACUUAGAACCCAGGAUGCCUGAAGAUGUGGGUUACUUUCGCGUGGAUCGCAACACUGGUGUUAUUUACUUGGCCAAAAGCAUAGAUCGAGAUCCUGGUUACCGUUUUAGAAUGAGAGCCACAGCCACUGAUCAAGGCAAAGAACCUAAGAGCACAACAAUUGAUUUAGAAAUUGUAGUUGUUGAGUCCCACAAAAAAGCUCCAACCUUCAGUAGAAUUGAGCCAGAAGGCCCAAUCAUCUUGAAAGAGAAUUUUAUUGAUUAUGAAUAUAACAUUGCCUCUAUAACAGCUCAGUCUAACACUGAUGAAAAAGCCCCUGUGUUUGAGUUGGUGGCUGGUAGAACAGACCAGACUAAUAAACAACAGACCUUCUUGCUCACUCCUCAUGGUAAUACAGCUUACAUCCGCAUGGCCCGCCCAAUGGACUAUGAGUCCAUCUCUGAGUAUACACUUACAGUUAGAAUCCAGAACAAGUACAAUUUGGCAGCAGAAACAAAAAUUAAUAUUCAGGUUGAAGAUGUGAAUGACAAUAUUCCCUCUUUUACUGAAGUUGUGUCCGGUAGUGUUCUGGAAAACGAACCCCCUGGCACUCCUGUUAUGCAAGUAAGAGCAAUCGACUCUGAUGCCACAUCAGCGCACAAUCAGGUCACCUACGAACUUGGUGACAAUCAAGAUUUCUUUGCAAUUGACCGAUACACUGGAAAUAUUACUACAUUGAAGACAUUUGAUAGAGAAGAAAGAGAUUCAUACAAUAUCAAGGUUAUUGCAACUGAUAACUCUCCGUCAGCUCUUUAUAGCACAGGGGAACCUAACAGAGGAGAGCAAGUUUUCCGCAUUGAGAUUGCAGACAAAAAUGACCAUCCACCGAGGUUUACUCAAGCUGUUUAUGUUGCCGAAGCCAUUCCCGAAGAUGCAAAUAUAAAUGCCUUGGUAACAGAAGUAAAAGCUCUCGACAAUGAUACUGCAUCACCUGUCACUUACAGUAUUGUUGAAGGAAAUACGUACAAUGCAUUUUUCAUUGAGACAGCCACAGGCAAAAUCCGUGUUUACAGCCAAUUAGAUUAUGAAAAUAUAACUAGUUAUACAUUGAAAGUUCGUGCCUUUGAUGGUGCCUUUGAAGACUACUGUAGAGUAGACAUCAAGAUAUCAAAUGUAAAUGAUAACCCGCCUGUCUUUUAUCCAUAUGAAAACAACAUAACUAUCCCAGAAGAAAAACUUGUUGGUGGUUGUAUCACCAGACUAAAGGCCUACGAUCCCGACAUUCCGGACCGUGAAGCAGAACAAUAUAUUGUCUACUUUGUUGUGAAGCAGGAUCAGCAAAAGCUUUUAGCGAUUGACAAACACGGCUGCCUAUCACUGACGAAGCCCUUGGAUCGCGAUCCUCCCGAUGGCUUUGAAAUUUGGCAGAUUCUGAUUGCUGCAAAUGACGAAAAUGGUAAUGCUACUAGUUUACGAUCUACAACUGAAGUUGUGAUUACUCUUACUGACAUCAAUGACAAUGCACCUUUCUUGGACAUGCCAUAUCCUGUUAUUUGGAGGGAGAACCAACAGCCGGGUAAAAUUACAGAACUUCAUGCUAAAGACAAUGAUGGCCCUGAAAAUGGUCCUCCUUUUAGUUAUGCCAUUGCACCUGUAGCAGAUGAGGAGAUAAAAACCAAAUUUGGAAUCUACAAUACAGAACUCAGAGCCACGGUUGUGUUUGACCGUGAGGAGAAAAAGAGCUAUCAGGUUCCCAUUAUGAUCACUGACAAUGGUGUUCCUACUAUGACUGGCACUAGCACAUUGACUGUCAUUAUUGGAGAUCAAAAUGACAAUGCUAUGAAACCUGGACAAAGCUCUAUCUUUGUUUAUAAUUACAAGCCUGAUUCAACUGAUAUCGAGAUUGGCCCUGACACUGAAAUUGGGCGAGUAUAUGUUGAUGAUCCAGAUGACUGGGAUUUGCCGGACAAAUAUUUUGCUUGGACAGGAAACAGUCAACAUCCCCACUUCAACCUCAAUAGUGGUACAGGAAUGAUCACAAUGUAUCAAGGAACUCCCAAUGGAACCUAUGAACUCCACUUUACCGUAACAGAGGAGUGUGCUCUGAUUUCACAUCAUUCGGUUGAAGCAGUCGUGAAUGUGACUGUAAAGGAGAUACCUGAAGAGGCUGUUGACAAAUCUGGCUCAAUUCGUUUUAUAGGUGUGUCAGCUGAAGACUUUGUUAGUCCAAAUGAGCAUGGAAUUAGUAAACAAGAAUUACUCCGGAACCGAAUAGCAAACAUGUUGAAUGUGAGCAUCCACAAUGUAGAUGUGUUUACUGUUCUUCAUUCACGUCACAAUACAAAUGACAGUCUUCUGGAUGUGAGGUUCUCUGCUCAUGGAUCACCUUACUAUGCACCUGAAAAGCUAAAUGCUGCAGUACUCAAACACCAAGAACAGAUUGAGAGAGAGCUAGGUGUUUCCAUUCUCAUGGUGAAUAUUGAUGAGUGCUUGGUUGAAAAGAAUUUCUGUGAGUCCUCAUGUACCAACUACCUGAGCAAGAGUACCACACCCUAUGCAGUAUACACCAAUACUUCAUCAUUUGUUGGAGUGAAUGCUGUGGUGGACCCUGUGUGUCAGUGCAUGCCGGAACCUGAAAUCCAUUGUCUUAAUGGUGGAACUCGCAUAGGUGACAGCUGUGAGUGUAUGGAAGGGUUUGAUGGUCCAAAUUGUGAAGUUGUUGGAAUUGGAUUUUAUGGUGAUGGGUAUGCUUUGUACCCCCCAUUCCAAGCUUGUGCUGAAGCACAGCUUUCAAUGGAGCUACGUCCUUACAAGCCGGACGGUUUAGUUUUCUAUGUUGGACCAAUGAAACGCAAUCCAGCCUUACCUAUUCAAGAUUUUAUGGCCCUUGAGUUACACAAUGGAUUCCCAGUCCUCCUCGUAGAUUAUGGCUCUGGCACUGUUCGAAUGGAACAUACCAAAAUUAAUUUGAAUGAUGGUGAAAGUCAUCGCAUUGACAUUUUGUGGAGUGAUAAGAGUAUUGAAAUGAAAGUGGAUAGCUGCCAGACUCUCUCUUGCCUUGCAUUGCGUGCUCCUCAAGGUCCCAAUGAGUUCUUGAAUGUCAAUGGUCCUCUUCAAGUUGGUGGUUCGGCUGUAAACUUAGGAAGUCUAGCUAGAGCUUUUAAUUGGACCCAUAAACCAAUGGACCUUGGAUACAGCGGAUGUGUUAGAAAUUUCACAUUCAAUCAUAAGACUUACAAUUUGGGCAUGCCUAGCUUAGCAAAGAAUGCAGACCCUGGAUGUAACACUGGAAUGGCCAAAGCUGUUUCCUUUGGAAUUGAUACAAAUUUCUUAGUUGCCAUUCUUGUGUGCAUAGCGAUUCUUCUCAUUUUGCUUCUGGCUGUUGUUGUUCAUCGCCGUAAGUCUGAUGACUUGUACAAGGACACUGACGAUAUCAGAGAAAACAUUAUCAACUAUGAAGAUGAAGGAGGUGGUGAAGGAGAUAUGACUGGCUAUGACUUGAAUGUGCUACGGUUACAGUAUGAUGGUGACAAUUAUAGUCUACCCCAUGAUAAGUCUCCACAAUCAAACCAUGUCCAAAGAAGAGAUGAUGUUCCUGACAUUUGUGGUUUUCUGGAUGGUAAAAAACAAACUGUGGAUGCUGAUCCAGAAACAAAUCCGUUUGAUGAUGUUCGCCACUACGCCUACGAAGGUGAUGGCAACACCUCUGGAUCCUUGUCCUCUCUUGCAUCAGGCACGGAUGAAGGUGACUUAAACUUUGAUUACUUAUCAAGCUUCGGACCAAGGUUUAGAAAAUUGGCUGACAUGUAUGGAGAAGAUCCUAGUGAUGAAGAAGAUGAAAACUAUCACACUCCAGCCUCUGAAUCAUGGUGUUGAGGUUGGCGUACAUCAGGGGCUGUACGUCCAGAUGUGGUCCCUGAUGUACACUCUCAUCCCCACUUGCAAGAAGCUCAAUCGGAAGAUGAAGCCGCUCUUGUGGCCACCAGUGUUCUGAUUCAAGACUAUUAUUCAAAGCUAAGAAACUAUUAUAUAAAUUGUUUUAAUAUGGUGACUUAGAAUAGUUAUAUGCAUUCCAAAAUAAGGAGAACAAUCAUUUUCAGAAUAUUUGAGUAUUUUCUCACCAUUGACAAUGACCAAAACUUUCAAAUGUAUCCUGCAAUUGUUUAGUUUUUAAAAAAUACUCUGGGCUAUUUCUUUUGAUCAAUGUUUCAUUGUGCCUAGUGUUAUGUAUGCUCAAGGUUUCUGUUUUCACUCAGAGAACCGAAAGCUAACAUACAUGGAGGAAGUUUUUACGCGCCACAUAGUUUAAACUUUUACUACCUAUCGUAAAAAAUCACCAGAAGUUACUCAUCCAUGAUGAUUUGAAAAAAUAGCUCUUGAUGUUAAUUAAGUCUCAACAGUAUUUUGGACUUGUCUAGAGAUAAAAGCUGCCAAUUUAGCCAGAGUCUGUGAUUAAUAAGACAUCAAUGAACUGAAAGGCAGUAAUUUUCAUUUCAGACCACUAUUUAGCUCAUUAUUAUGAAUAAAUGCCCCAGUUCUGUGAUUAUUUAGCAGCUCUAUAGCUGUAAUUUUAUUUUAUUUUGGGACGCUUCAUUCAAUGGAAAUGUAGGUUUGUAGUAAAUUUAAUGUAGUGUAUUAAGUUUUUAAAAUUCUUAUGUUGCCCUGUUGUAAAUACAUACUAUGUAUGCUUCUUACUGUAACUUUUUUUAAAAAGCUGCAGCUUUAGUAUUAACAUUGUGGUUCUUAAGAUAGUUUUCUUUGCUAUUCUUACUUGUGAAAUAUGUAAUAUGAUGUCUUAUGAUGUAUUAUUUUAUCUGUAAUUAAACUAGGGUUUUACUCAUAGUUACGUGAAAAAUGUUGAUUUUACAAUAGUUACGUUUUCAGUAUUUAUCUAAAUUCUUUGAAUCAAUUGUUUCCCUGAAGUCUUACUAUGUUUUGCAUCAAUAUAUGAUGAUACACAGAUCAACUAUUUUCCUGUAGGUUGAAAGAAGGGCUUUUCCCUGAGAAAUCAAUUAUGGUAUUGGACCUUGACUAAACCAAUGAUUAAUCAAUAUUCAAGAGCUUUGUCUUGAACUAAAGUUCCAUCUACAUACCUAAAAACUGUAAAUUCUUUGAACAACUGUUCAGAGCUGAAUUUUUUUUGUCUUGCAUUUUUUUCUGCCAGUCUAUUCUCACACCAGCAGCCAUCUUUGUGACUUGUAAGACUGAAAUUAUCCCUCCUUUCUUGCAUGUUUCUUUUUGCAAUGAAAAUCUACUAUAGUAAACAUUCCAAACAAACAUGUUGCCUGUACUUAAUUCCAUUAUUCUUUAAAAACUAAUCCAAUACAUUUAGUUUCUUUUUUUCUUUU